AUGGCAAUCCAACCAGAACAACUCGCCAUCCCCAUCAUCGACCUUGAGCCCAUCCGCUCAGGCACUCCUGAAGAGGCCCGCGAGACAGGAAAACUGGUCUAUCAAGCGUUUCGAGACGUGGGAUUUGCCUACAUCAAGAAUCACGGCCUCCCCCAGGACCUGUUGGACCAGGCUUUCGAGUGGAGCGCCAAGUUCUUCGCCCUUCCCCAGGCCGACAAGGACAAAGCCCCCCAUCCCCCCUACGGCUGGUGGCACCGGGGCUACUCGGGCGUCGGGCGCGAGAAGGUCGUGCAGAUGGUGUUCGACCAGACCCAGAUCGACCAGCUGCGUCAGUGCCCGGACUUCAAGGAGUCGUUCGAGCUGGGCCGCGAGGACGACGAGCGCACGCCGAACAUCUGGUUUCCCGAGGAGGUGUUGCCAGGGUUUCGCGCCUUCAUGACUGCAUUCUUCGACACCUGCUACGGCACAGCGCUGAACCUGCUCCGGGCUAUCGCCCUGGGCAUGAACCUGCCCGAGCACUUCUUCGCCGAGUACCACGCCAAGCGCGACAACCAGCUGCGGCUGCUGCACUAUCCGCCCGUCGAGGCGGCUCUUCUUCAGGGCGGCAUGAUGGAGCGCAUCGCGGCGCACUCGGACUUCGGCACCAUGACGCUGCUGUUCCAAGACGCCGUGGGCGGGCUCGAGGUCGAGGACGUGCAUCAGAAGGGCAAAUUCAACCCGGCCCCGUUCAUCCCGGGCACCGUCGUCGUCAACAUCGGCGACUUCCUCCAGCGCUGGAGCAACGACACCCUCAAGUCCACCCUGCACCGCGUCCGCGCCCCGCCGAUGGCCACGCAGGGCAUGACCCAGGCCCGCUACUCCAUCCCUUACUUCGUCACCGCCGACCGCGACCGGACUAUCGACUGCAUUCCCGGCUGCUACGGUGUCGAGAGGCCCAAGCGGUACGAGCCUAUCAAUGCCCGGGAGUACAUUGAGAGGAGGUUAAACGCGACGUAUUAG